AUGGGAGUGUUACUGCUUAAUGAGUACAGCGUUUCUGUUUGGACUGAUGAAAAGAUUUUGGCAAUAGAUGGUGAUGAUUCUUUCCCAUGGUUUGGCAUGGACAUCGGGGGAACUCUAGUAAAGCUUUCAUAUUUUGAACCUAUUGAUAUCACAGCAGAGGAAGAACAAGAAGAAGUUGAGAGUUUAAAAAGUAUCCGGAAAUAUUUGACUUCGAAUGUAGCAUAUGGAUCCACUGGUAUUCGGGAUGUACACUUGGAACUAAAGGAUUUAACGCUUUUCGGCCGAAGAGGGAAUUUGCACUUUAUCAGAUUUCCAACCCAGGACCUGCCUACUUUUAUCCAAAUGGGAAGAGAUAAAAACUUCUCAACGUUACACACGGUGCUAUGUGCUACAGGAGGUGGUGCUUACAAGUUUGAAAAAGAUUUUCGCACACCCUAUCCACUACUGGUAGUGAACAUUGGUUCGGGAGUCAGUAUUUUAGCAGUCCAUUCCAAAGACAACUAUAAACGAGUGACUGGAACAAGCCUUGGAGGAGGUACCUUUCUAGGUUUAUGUAGCUUACUGACUGGCUGUGAAAGUUUUGAAGAGGCUCUUGAAAUGGCAUCCAAAGGUGACAGCACCCACGCAGAUAAGCUGGUCCGUGAUAUAUAUGGAGGAGAUUAUGAAAGAUUUGGUCUGCCAGGUUGGGCUGUAGCAUCUAGUUUUGGGAAUAUGAUUUAUAAAGACAAGCGAGAAUCUGUUAGUAAAGAAGAUCUGGCAAGAGCUACUUUAGUUACUAUCACCAACAACAUUGGUUCUGUGGCACGGAUGUGUGCUGUUAAUGAGAAAAUAAAUCGAGUUGUCUUUGUUGGAAACUUUUUACGUGUAAAUACACUCUCCAUGAAACUUUUGGCAUAUGCACUGGAUUAUUGGUCAAAAGGUCAACUGAAAGCAUUGUUCCUAGAACAUGAGGGAUACUUUGGAGCAGUUGGUGCACUUCUUGGACUGCAUUGUUCCUAG